GCCAGGCCGGGCCGGGCUCGGGGCACUGCCGUUCCCAGCAGGCUCAGCGCAGCCGCGCAUGGCCGGUGCGCACCGCCAGUCCCUCUCACGCCGCGGGGGCUCUGCAGGAAGAUGGCAGCGCUGGUGCUGGUCUUCUCUCCGCUGCCGCGGCUUCGCAGCCUCCUGCAGCGCUGCUGGGGGCGCCUGGAGCACGGCCUCUUGCUGGGUUCCUCCAGGGGCCCAAGCCCGCCCUGGGGACCCGCGUUAGCUGUCCAAGCUCCAGCUUUGCUUCCAGAGCCAAUAAGUGACACUACAGAAAGUAAUGAGGUGCCCAGCCUCUUCGAUAGCAUCUUGUGGAUGGCAGCACCAAAGAAGAGGCGCACCAUUGAAGUGAACCGCUGCAGGAGAAGGAAUCCCAAUAAGCUGAUCAAAGUAAAGAGGAACAUAGAUGUUUGUCCUGAGUGUGGAAACUUGAAACAGAAGCACGUCCUUUGUGGCUACUGCUAUGCGAAGGUCAAGGCAGAAACCCGACUGAUACGGAUAGAAAUAGGCAAAAAGGAAGGAGGACCUUUUAAUGCUCCAACCGUAGAGACUGUUGUCCUUUACGAUGGAGAGAAGCCCACAGAAAAAGAGGAAGGCAAGCGGAUCAUUGAAAGGGCCAGGAAGCGUCCGUCCUGGUUUGCUCAGGAUUGAUGCUGUAGCAGAGCACCACCCAGUGGCUGCAGCAAGAUCCUGACUUCCGAGAGUGCUUUCCUCGUUCUGUUCACCCAGCAUCCAUGCUAACAGAGGAGGAGCUUUUGGGAAGCCUGCCGGCAUUGCACUGUCGUAGCCUACGAUUGUGCAGGCAGGUGGGAACUGCUUCUCAGUGCUCAGCAGUCAACGUCUGCCUUGGGUUGGGACAUCUACAUGCAGUGCACUGAACAAUUUGUGUGCUAAUGUUGAGUGCUGGGUUUUUUAACAAAGUGAAAACAUUUACAGCUGUACAAUAAAGUAUUUCCCGGGGAA